AUGGCAGGAACCAACAGAAAUCCGUGCGUGAAGGACAAGUACCCAUCGGACAAAGAACUCCCUCCAUCUCUCCUUUCCUUUGCAAGCUCCAUCUUGAAAACCCAUAAGGAAAGCAGGUGGCGCCUCCCCCCUUAUGGGAAGGUCCAACUGCGUCAAACUCUUGGAACCACAAAGGGUUCCUUACCCAUGCUCCUUGGAUGGGAAAAAUUCACCAAAGAAGAUAAAGUGGAAAUGAACAAUGAAAAAUUGGAAGAAAAGUUAAGACGAAAUUAG